AUGAGUGUCAAUAGGAAUCCUUAUCCUCCUCAUAUACAUGAAUUUAACACACUCCCUCUUACUCAAUUUGAGAGAAGUCGUGAUGCAGGAAACUCUGCGAUUACCAGACCACAGGAAAUUGCACAUUUUUCCUACGAUGAUGAGCACAAGUUUCAUUUAAAUGACUCCUCGAUACGAUGGUAUUAUCCACCGGAUAUUGGUACGGACUUGAAUCAGGGAUUUGAGACGUUUCGAAAACAUGAUGAUUCGAAGGAUGAGCACUUGGAAUCGUUGUUGAGAGCGUUGAUGGAGAGGGAGAAGGUGAUGAAUGUUAAGACGGAGGCGAAUGUUGUUACUUGGAGGGGGAUGAUGACUAAGAUCAUAGCGAGUUUGUUCGAUUCUAGAGAUGGAUUUCAGAUGAAUGCUACGUGUUUCGAGGGGACUGUCUUUGUCGAGGAGGAUCACCAGUAUAAAGUGACGAGUAGAGCUAAACAGGAUGCACGACAGCAACCUCGACCGGGAAGACCUUCGGGAGAUGCGAUGAGCUUCUGGGGAUAUAAAUUCGAAACCUUAUGCCUAAUGCCCGCUCCUUGGCCAGAAACUUCUCGAGAUUAUAUCGAAAAUCGAGACAAGGAAGUUGUUAAUAAUCAUGCCCAGUAUUGCUCUGUUGUAAAAACAAAAAUUGGAAGCAAUUCUUUGGUCAUUGGUGGAGAAGUCGAUGGCAUAUACAAGGGGUCAAAAUUUGAAGACGGGAAGUCCACGGAAUGGGUUGAGCUAAAAACCACCGUGACUCCUAGACAUAGAGGAGAUGAACAAAACUUUGAGAAGAAGCUUUUGAAAUUCUGGCUUCAAUCAUUCUUGCUGGGAGUCCCUCACAUUAUAGUGGGACAACGAAGUCCUGAAGGGAUUCUCCAAAAUAUCGAGAGAAUCAACACGGCACAGAUACCUGGGAUGGUAAAGAAAAGAGGAAAUAAUUCAUGGGAUGGAGAUAUGUGUAUUAAUUUCGCAGAUCGAUUUCUCGAAUUUUUAAAGGUCACUAUUGUUGGUGAUGGUGUAUGGAAGAUUCGAAGAAAGGAGAAAUCCAUGGCCAUUGAAGUAUUCAAGGUUGAAGAAGUAAAUGGAUAUGGAGGGAUUCUUUCUGAUGAGUUCGUCGAAUGGCGCAACACACUUAAUCAGCAAAUGGACCUUGUUUCACAUGUCGAGGACAACACAUUGCAGAUGAACGGUAUGCACGUCACUGCAGCAGAAGCAUCUGAAUAUAUUCCGGCUGAUAUACCUAUGGGUUGA